ACAUCAAUAUGCGCGGAGCCACCUUUUCAGCAGUUAUUACUUCCAUCAGAUACUAGGAUUUUGGGGUAUCUGUUUUUGCUUUGAGUGGGUUUUCUUUUCCUAAGUGCCGACGGAAGCAGGCAUUUCUUCACACGCGGUGUCGGAUUGCGGAAGGCGGCAUUGCCUUGAUGUUUGCGCUGGUCGCCAGCGAAAGCGGUGCCUUUUCGUCGCAAUGUCGCCGGAGCCGGACGGAAGAUCGAUCCCCUAUACCCUUUUUCGUGCUGACAACACAACCCCGGAUAGCGAGCAUGGCCGGGACGUGACAGGUGACUCAUAUUCCAGCACGAGAAGACUGUGCCAUGCGUGCAUUUAUGAUGCACUCCAGUGAUGGGUGGAGGAGACACGGCCAUGCAGAGAGGGGAAAAGAGACUGGACGGCUCAUCGAUUCAUAUCUUUAAAAAAAACUCCUCCCGCAGCUCACGGGGAUCAUGUGGCCAAACCCACUGCCUUGGAAGACGCACCAGCCCGAGGAGACUAUAUAAGUGCUGGCCGAGGGUGUCAGAAAGCGGGCUUAGAGAAGCAGAGGCGCACCGACGGCCACCAUGUCUCUAGGAUGGGGAUACGCACCGGAGAACGGACCAGACAAAUGGGCCGAAAACUUUUCCAUCGCCGAUGGACCCCGGCAAUCUCCCAUAGACAUCUGUCCCGGCGCGGCGCAGUACGACUCCGACCUGCAGCCGCUCACCGUGAAGUACGACCCCAGCACCUCGAGCAGCAUCAUCAACAGCGGCCGCUCCAUUCAAGUGGACUUCGCCGACGACACCGACACUUCAACACUGAUCGGGGGACCCAUCUCAGGAACCUACCGGCUGCGGCAGUUCCACUUCCACUGGGGGGCGAGUGACGACAGGGGCUCAGAGCACACAGUGGAUGGGACUAAGUUCUCAGCUGAGCUCCAUCUGGUGCACUGGAACACUAAGUACCCCAGCUUCGCAGAGGCUGUUGCUCAGCCAGACGGCCUGGCUGUGGUGGGCGUCUUCCUCCAGAUCGGUGAUGCCAAUCCACAUCUACAAACGCUUCUCGAUGUCCUGGAUGCUGUCAAGACCAAGGGCAAGCAGACAACGUUCACAGACUUUGAUCCCUCAAUCCUGCUGCCUGGUUCUCUGGACUAUUGGACUUACGACGGGUCCCUGACCACGCCCCCGCUGCUGGAGAGUGUGACCUGGAUUGUGCUGAAGGAACCAAUCAGUGUCAGCUCUGACCAGAUGGAGACAUUCCGCAGCCUCCUGUUUACCUCCGAGGGGGAGGAGCCAUGCUGCAUGGUGGAUAACUAUCGCCCCCCGCAGGCGCUCAAGGGUCGCACUGUGCGCGCCUCUUUCGAGUGAAUAUCAGCAACAUCAGCCUGAUGGCCCCACCCCCUGUCAUGACCACACCCACCCAGGCUUGACUCCACCCCCUUUGGAGAAGCACAGAACUUUAACCUUCAUAACCCACCCCCCUCCAUGUGUCUGUUUCCCACCUUAGUGCAAGUAAUUCCUCCCUGCUCCCCAACACCUCCUGUGAUUGGGUGGGGGGGCUGAGAUUCCAUGCCUGACCUGCUGUGAAUCAUCACGGGUCCAAACACGCAAAAGUCACACGACACCAUGUCGCAAUUCAGGAAAUAGGAUGUAGCCAUAAACAAGCACCUCGUGGCCGAGGUGACAUGCCCUCAUUUUGUAAUCUGCCGUCAGCUUCCCGGAGACUGCAGUUCGGUCUGACCCCCCCAAAAUCUGUCGCCACCCGUCAGCAAAACACGCAGUUGCGCUCAGCAGUCCCACGAAACGUGGCAGCCGCGUCCGCAAUGGCCAUGUGAGGCCACUCAGAUUUACAUUUCCCAUCUCAUGUUCUGCCCCAGGCGAUAGCUGAAUUAUUAGUUUGGCAGCUUUUUAAUUUAUUUUUUUCUUUUGCAAAUUAUGCAAAUGAUUCUUAUGUUGUGUUAUUCCUAGAAUCUCCUUCUGGCAUUUUCUGAGACAAUGGUGGGGGGAGGUGGGGGAGGGUCACAGAGUGACUGGAGGCAGACGAAUGAAUGGACCAGAGGAAUUAAUUAAUCUAGCAUUUAUGCCAGUUGUUCAUUUUUUUCCCAUCAUAAACUAAACAUACUUGUGUGUUUUUCUCUAGAAAUCUGUUCAUUGCAGAGUUUAUUUUAAGCCUUUAAGAUAAGCAAUAUUGUCAGAGACCUGCUGGGAGAGUGUGCUGUAAUUCUGCUGUUCUCAGUUAAAUAAAUCUAUUUUAUGACUUUUC